ACGCUUUUCCAAUUCCAAAUCGACAAUAUAUUAUUCUUCAGCAAAUAAAAAAAAGAAAAAAAUCCACAAUAUUACAUUAUUACCAAAAAUUGCACUUAUUACCAAAAAUUAUUAUGUUUAUCUAAAUCAUUUUAUCCCCCCCCACAAUAAUAAAAAAAAAUGCCAUUUGCACAGUGACAGAGAUGUGAAUCUAAUGAAGGCAUUACUGUUAUUAAUACUGUAUUGUGUUCACGUCUGGGCUGCACUGCUCCUCAAGCCUCAAGCGAAGAAGAGUGAAGAGAGAACAUAAAGGCUCAGCUGGUGAUGAAGAAGAAGUUGAUGAUGGUGGUGUUGAUUGCGGCACUGCUGGCUCUUUCGUCGGUUGGCCAUGCCUCUGCUCUCUCCGAAUCAGAACAAGAAAGAGUGUAUUCUUUGUUUGAUGAGAAUGGCUCCUCCGCCGCAGCCCAACAACAACCUCAGCCUCUCAUGGUUCCCCUCACUCUCAUCUCCUCUGCUGCUUCUACUGGAGCUGUGUGCUUGGAUGGAACACUGCCCGGUUACCAUCUUCACCCUGGCUCUGGAUCGGGCGCAAACAGCUGGCUCAUUCAGCUGGAGGGAGGAGGGUGGUGUAAUACUAUCCGAAGUUGUGUUUAUCGGAAAACAACUCGCCGUGGUUCAUCAAAAUUUAUGGAAAAGCAGCUGCCUUUCACCGGAUUAUUGAGCAAUAAACCUGAAGAAAAUCCUGAUUUUUAUAACUGGAACCGAGUCAAGCUACGUUACUGUGAUGGGGCAUCGUUUAGUGGAGACUCUCAGAAUGAGGCUUCUCAACUUUAUUUCCGAGGACAACGGAUAUGGUUGGCUGCCAUUCAAGAGUUACUCUCAAAGGGGAUGAAGAAUGCUCAACAGACUCUUCUAUCUGGAUGCUCUGCUGGGGGUCUAGCCUCCAUACUACAUUGUGAUGAGUUCAGGAGCUUCUUCCCAGAAACUACCAAAGUGAAAUGUCUAAGUGAUGCUGGAUUAUUCCUCGAUGCAACUGAUGUAUCUGGUGGGCACACCCUGAGGAAUUUUUAUAAAGGCGUGGUUUCCUUGCAGGAGGUGCAAAAAAAAUUGUCAGGAAGUUGUACCAACCACCUGGAUCCCACCUCGUGUUUCUUCCCUCAGAAUUUGAUUGCAAAUAUUAAGACUCCACUGUUUCUAUUAAAUGCUGCUUAUGAUGCGUGGCAGCUCCAAGCUAGUUUAGCUCCCCCAUCAGCUGAUCCUCACGGUUCGUGGAAUGAAUGUAAAUUAAAUCAUGCACGUUGUAAUGCAUCCCAAAUCCAGUUUCUUCAAGACUUCAGAAAUCAAAUGAUUGAUGCCAUUAAAGGCUUCUCAUUGUCCAGUCAAAAUGGUUUAUUCAUAAAUUCCUGUUUUGCCCAUUGCCAGUCUGAGAGACAAGAUACAUGGUUUGCUAACGAUUCUCCUGUUCUCGAAAGCAAGGCAAUUGCAAUAUCUGUUGGAGACUGGUACUUUGAUAGAGAAAAGAUCAAAGCAAUUGAUUGUGCAUAUCCCUGUGACAACACCUGCCACAAUCUUGUGUUUAACAAUGAAGAUUCAUCCCCCAAUACUAUGGUCUAUGAAUCUAAGUCCACAAGAUUAACAACAUUUACCCUCCAAAAUCUGUCAACUUUGGCUUCCAUGACGCCUCUAAUAUGUUUUCAUUGCAUCAUUUUAUUAUGUGGUUGGGGUUUUCGUAUGAGUAAGCCAAUGCUAUUGUCCUAUGGCCUUGGAUUAAUUUUAUUUUCAUACUAUUUCGAGCAGUCGAGUGCAUGAUUUUUGUUUCAGUAGUACGCACUUAACUUAUAACUUUGUUCGAUCAGUGUAACAUGUGUUAGUAAUGCAUUCUUAACUUAUAACUUUA